AUAAAAUAUUAAAAACAUGUCAAAACCUUAAAUUUCCUUAAUCUCAUAUGUUAUCUGUAAUCAUAUCUUUAUUUUUAUUAGAUAAAGUUUUAUAUCGUUAAAAAUACAAUAUUUCAAGUUAAUCUUUCAACUAACAAGACGUACUUAUUCUUUGUAUAACAAAAUGUCUAACAUUAAAAAGCCUGCUGCAAAGGGUAAAAAAGGUUUUGUGAUGCCUGAGCCCAUACCUUUGGGUGAAGUUUUAACUGAUAUUCAUAAACGACAGUGGAAAGUGGGCCCCUCAAUAGGAAAAGGUGGCUUCGGGGAAAUUUACACAGCUUGUGAGAAAGAUUCAAAAGUACAUGUUGACAAAUACCCAUACGUAGUGAAAAUUGAACCUCAUGAUAAUGGACCACUUUUUGUUGAAAUGCACUUUUAUAUGAGGAAUGCCAAAAGAGAUGAUAUUAUGGAAUUUAGCAAAGCUCAUAAAAUAAAUAAAUUGGGAAUGCCUGAAUAUAUAACAUCAGGAUCGCAUACUCUUCCAAACAAAAACAAGUAUCGGUUCCUUGUAAUGCAGAGAUUUACCAGUGAUCUACAAAGCUAUUUCAAAAAGUUAGGCAGUUUUUCUGAUUACACUAUUUUAAAAUUAGCUUUGCAAAUGACAGACGUAUUGGAAUAUAUUCAUUCUAGAGCAUAUGUUCAUGCUGAUAUAAAAGCUGCAAAUAUAUUAUUAAAUUCAACAAUGGAUCAAGCUUAUCUAGUGGAUUUUGGAUUAGCUUGUCGCUUCAACACACAAGAUUUCAAACCUGAUCCAAAGAAGAUGCAUAAUGGUACUAUUGAGUAUACUAGCCGAGAUGCUCAUUUGGGAGUUCCAACACGUAGAGGAGAUUUUGAGAUAUUGGUUUACAAUUUAAUUCAUUGGGCUGGUGGUACUCUACCUUGGGACAAAAAUUUAUCUAGCCCUGUUGGAGUUCAAGCUCUUAAAGAAGAAGCUGGUAAAGAUGUGAAUCAAUUCCUGAAAAAAUGUUUUGUCAAAAAGGAAGCUCCAAAAUAUCUGGCUGAGUUUACAAAAAUGAUCAUGUCACUGAGUAAUAAUGCUGAACCAUCUUAUAAAAAAAUACGUGCAGUAUUUCAAAGCGCUUUGUUAUCUAUUGGUAAAUCACAAAAUGGUAAAUUCGAUUUUGGCACUGCCAGCAACAGUAAUGAAUCAGCGAGUCCAAAGCGUUCCAUUAAAAAUGUUAUAUCGCAAGAUGAAUUAGAUAAAUCAUCAAGCUUAACUAAAAAGCUGAAGAAAAGUCCCAAAAAAACUAGUAGCACAAGUAGAGUUAGAAAAGUAGCAAGUCCUGUAGUGAAUAGUAGCUCCCCUAAAGUUUCAAAAACAUCGAUAGAAAAUAUUGAUUAUAAUAAUUCUCUGACUAAAAAGACUAGUGGCAAUAGAUUAGCCGCUUUGAAGAAAACAAAUAUUCUGGAAUAUUCAAUUUGUGAAGAUGAGGAUGUAGAAAUAAUAAUAAAGAAGAAAAACAUUAAAACGGGUGAAGUUAAGAAGACCAAAACCACGGUAAAAACUCAGAAAUCUGAAUCAGAUUCUGAAGAUGAAAAAAACAAUUCCGAAACUAUUUUAACUGAGCAUAGGGUUAGACAAUCACCUAGAAUAAACUCAAGAUCCAAGCGUUAUGCAGAUGAUUCAGCAGAUGACAUAAAUAAUUCAAUAGAAGAGACUUUAAAAGAACGUAAAAAGAAAAAUCUAAAAAAUACCCCCACCAAGCAACAAGAUUCUAAAUGGAAAAAUAGUCCUACAAUUAAAGCAAGCGCAGCUGCAAGUUAUUUAAAAAAAAGUAAAUUGACUGAUUAAAAAUAAUAAUUUUUAUUAUUGGGCA